AUGCGACCAAGACCACUUCGGGUGUUCUUCUUCCUCCUGUCAUCCGCAAAGAAUAUCCAGGCCCAUACCUGGGUGGAACAACUGUCCGUCAUCGCCCCAAACGGGACAUUCGUGGGGAACGCCGGAUACGCGAGAGGAAAUGUCCUUCGUACUGCCUCCGACUUCAGCGAUACCACAAUGACCUACUUGAUCCCUCCAUCUAGUCGUGCGAAUGUGACUCUCAUCCUACCCUCAGAUAAACUCUGCAAGGACACUCAACAAGAGCAAACCCAGACUGCCGGAAGCGCGAGACUGCAGGCCAGUGCGGGCGACGCAGUUGCACUUCGCUAUCAAGAGAACGGCCACGUCACUCUGCCAUGGAAUCAACCCGGGAAGCCCGCAAACCGGGGAACGGUCUACGUCUACGGGACGACAACGCCCAAAGUAGGAGAGAAAAUCCUUGACGUCCAUGGAGCCUGGACCAGAGACGGCACCGGGGGUGAUGGGCGAGGCGUGCUAUUAUCCAAACAAAACUUCGACGACGGCCGCUGCUACCAGGUCAACAGCGGCAACAUCUCGCAAGCGCGUCAACAGGAAUACCCCCAUCAGGCUAAUUCACUCAUGGGUGCGGAUAUGUGGUGCCAGCAAGAUAUCAAACUGCCCGCUACGGCCCCGACAGGCAAGCUGUACACCCUUUACUGGGUGUGGGACUGGCCCACCCUCCCAGGCGUCGAUCCCACGUACCCACACGGCAAAACGGAGAUUUACACGACCUGCAUGGAUGUGAACGUGGUGGCCUCUACAUCUCAGCAAAAGGGAAAUAUUCAAGAUGAGUAUGCCACUGGUCAGGACCUCAACAAAGCUGCUAUCCCAUCAGAGUUUGAUAAACUUGACGACGUUCCGGAGGCGCCUGAAACGACGACGGCUCAUGCAUCUUCCCAUCCGUCUUCGUCGAUUCCAUAUGUACCGCAAUCGACAUCUACUUUGUAUCUCACUUCGACGGAGGUGGUUCGGGUUAUUACUGUGACUGCUUGGAAAACCACGGAGAAGACCGUUACCGUGGGAGGAUGCGAAGCAACUCCCACGAGGAGUCCGAGUACAGGAUACAGCCAACGGUUUAUGAGAAGGGAUUGGGUGGCAUAA